CACUCACCUUCAUAUUACCACCCAGCACGUGGCGGUCACCAAGGCGCUGAAUCCGAGGCAGUAUCUCACCCGCUCUCGCUAGGAAAGGACGUAGUGCCAGCUCUCCUGUUAGUCAGUCUUCCUUGAGGUCAUCCAACACUCCAUCAUGAGCUCCCUGAUCAACAAUCUCAUCGUGCCCGGCCACAACGGGAACAACCUCGAUUCCUCCAAUGGCACGAUGAUCCAGGUGGCGGCCCGCGAGAGGGACAACGCCGUCAGGAAGCACUUCGUUGGCUAUAGGAUGAAGUGGGCACCGAGUCUAACCGGCAGGGAGCGCAGUGUGUUGCGGCCCCUGGCUUCUGGGGGAGGAAGCAUGUGUCUGGAGCUUACCGUGACGGGAGAAGAGACACCGUACUCGUUUGAGAUCAUCGAAGAGAGCGCCCGCUACCUGCUGGCCAAGACCCGCCACAGGCCCAAGAUCGGCGUCAUCUGCGGAUCAGGCCUUGGAGGGUUGGCGGAGCAGCUGGAGGAGAGCGAUGAGUUCCCCUACGAGACGAUCCCCAACUUCCCUGUGUCGACGGUGGUGGGGCACGCCGGACGGAUGGUGAUCGGCCUGCUGAGCGGCGUCCCCGUCCUCUGCAUGCAAGGUCGCUUCCACUCCUAUGAAGGGUACCCGCUCUGGAAGUGUGCCAUGCCCGUGCGCGUCAUGAAGGUGAUGGGCGUGGAGCAGCUCCUGGUGACCAACGCGGCGGGCGGCCUCAACGCGGACUACAACGUCGGGGACAUCAUGAUCAUCAAGGACCACAUCAACAUGCAGGGCUUCGCGGGAGACUCACCACUGCGCGGGAAGAACGACGAGCGCUUCGGACCUCGCUUCCCUGCCAUGAACAACGCCUAUGACCGAGCCCUGAGGCGGCGCGCGGGGCAGAUCGCGGUGGAGAUGGGUCUUGAGGGCGUGGUGCGCGAGGGGGUGUACGUGAUGCUCGGGGGCCCCACCUACGAGACUGUGGCCGAGCUGAACCUGCUGAGGAUCCUUGGUGUGGACGCCGUGGGAAUGAGCACCGUGCCUGAGGUGGUGGUGGCGAGGCACUGCGGCAUGAGGGUGUUCGCCUUCUCCCUCAUCACCAACAAGUGCAUCACCGAAUACGACACUGAAGCAGAGGCCAACCACGAAGAGGUAAUCGAGGUCGCCAACAAGAGGAAGACGGACCUGCAGGAGUUGGCUCGUCGAGUGAUUAUAGGAAUGUCUGGGAGUGACGAGGAGGCCAAUGAGAAGACAUCCACCAAAGACACCACAGACGCUGCCCAAUGAAGCCACCUCUCAGUGAAUAGUCUUUCCCACGUUGCCUUUCCCCGCACUCUGCCGAUGACCUGAUGGCUGGAUGAACGGACGAACCUCUGUGUGCCUCAUGGUAAAGUUGCUGAAGUAGGGAGUUGGGUAAUUAUUGGGAUUAGGUCCACCCCUGAGUUUCCAAUGUUAUCUGAUCUUGCCUGGUAUAGUAACAUUCCCCUGAAAUAAAGUAACCAUACCUUACCCCCAAAACAGUCCAACUUCGUCAAAUUGAAUAACCUGACCCCAUAAAGUAUAGUAACAAUGAUCCCAUGAACUAAAGUGACCUAGCCUUACCCCCAAAAAUAGUUCAACCCUGUCAAAUUAAAUAACCUUACCCCAUAAAGUUAAAGAAACUUAACCUUAUGAUAUGGUGACCUUACUUCACCCACAAAUGUAGUAACAUGACCCCACAAAAUAGUGACCCUACCUCACCUCCCUAAAACAGUUCAGCUUCAUCAAAUUAAGUAACCUGACCCCAUUACGUAAAGAAGCAUAUCUCCACCUAGUGAAAUGACCCCAAGAAAUAAAUUAACCUGACCCCUAUUAGAUAAAGUGACCUUACAUCACUCCCCAAAGUAAUACAUCCUCAUCAACUCAACCCAUGAAGUGAAGCAACCUAACUCCAAGUAAUGUGAAUUGACCCCACCAAAGUAACCAACCCAAUCGAGUUAAGUUUCCUGACCCCACUUACAGACAGCACAGCAAACAUAAAAACAUGACCCAACCAAAUAAAGUCUUCCAACAAUCUAGUAAAGUAAAAUAACAGCAAAAGAUUACAUUACCCAAUCCCACCAAACAGUUAAGGUAUAAUUUUCUUGAAUUCAGCGGCUCACCUGAUCACAAUAGUAGCUGUUAGUUGCGUGUACGUAUGUAGGUAGUGUCUCUGUUACGACCUCUGUAUACGUUGUCCCUGUGUUGUAGUGCCUUAAAUGUUUAUCAAAUUUGCAAAUAGACAACAUAGUACUUGGUGUUGUAUUGGCUAAGUAGUUUCCUAAGUGAAUUUUGUAAAACUGACAGAAUAAUUUAUAUGUAUCCUAAUUAGACCUAUUUUUCAGUAGUAAUAGUUUAUAUUUGUAAUUUUAUCACUAGUUUGGUAACAUGUAGUGGUAAUGAUGCAUAGCAACAGUAAAAGUAGCAACAUUAGAAUAAUCACAGCCUGGAAUCCACCAAACAUCACUGCAUUCUCAGGCUCUGUGCUUCCAAAGAGUGGUUUCUCCUGGUGUGUCUACUGUUACCCAGUAUUGAGUGUGCCAUGAAAUUCCAUUCAUGUCAGGUAAAGUAAACCGGUAUCAGUGCCCUAAAGGGAUAUCUGUUAGUAGAAUUAGGUGGCAUUGGGCUCUGAAAAAAUAAUAGUGAUCUGUAGGCAUUUUCUUGUCACUGUUUCCAAUCUAGUUCAUUUUUGGACAACUUGCCUUAAUUUUAGAAUAUGAUCAUAUUAACCUGAAACCUUUGGAAACCUUGAAAAUGGAAAAAGUCACUAAUUCCAAAACUGCUUUUUACCACAUGUAACAUGAUCAAUAGUUUAUUCUACUACUUAUUGGUCAUGUUACUUUUUAAAAUGUGCCUUUAACUUACAUUAUAUGCAAGAUAAUACAAUAAGCAACAAUUAGUUUUUUUAUAGAAUUCAGUCUCUGAUGUAUCAGUGUCUGAUAUUUUAUUUUAAUUUAAUCUUUGAGGUGCUAUAUCUGAUGGGACCAGUUUCUGAAAGAUCCUAACUACUAGCUUAAGAUUGUUUUAUCAGAAGAAACAAGUGAUAAGUGCAUGACUUGUUAAGUAAUUUUAGGGAUUAUUAAUUAAAUGUGCCAAGGUGCUUGUUGGACUGCAGUAUUUGCUCUGCAGUGAUGUGCUGGACAACUGGGUGAAGUGUCAGCAGUGUUGAUAUUUUAGUACAAUAGAUGAAAAUGCCAUUGUUAAAACUAUUUCACAGUAUUAUUAUGGAGUGCUAGAUUGUGUGCUGUGUGUUUAAAAUGUUGUGUGUUUGGUGUGCCAGUGAUUUACCAUCAUGUGUGUUCAUGGUGAUCAGUGCAUGUGUGUAGUGGUGUGAAUGUGGAAAAAGUUUUAUAUGUUCAUUGUCUUGGACAAACGGCACCUAAUAUACUACGAGUUAAUGUUGAAUUUGUAAAGAUGGUGUGAUUGUAAAUGUUGAAGAGAACCGAGUGUUCCUGUUGUAAGUUGACAUUGAUUGAUGAGUGGUGAAUGUAUGAUGUGUUGAAAGACUGCAUUAUUAUUCAUUUAAUAAGACAUUAACUUAAAAAUACAAGCAAGGUGAAUGUUGAAUGACCAAUAUUCAAUGAAGUCUGCACAAUAAUAGUCUGUAAGACGUACAUUCGUACAAUCUUUUGGUCACCUCGACAGUCUGCCGUUAUACAUGUAUUCAUUUCCGUUUGUCAGACAUCACAUAAAUUAGAUGACCAAAUAACCUUCAUUGUUCCAAGCUUAUCUCAUUAAUCUAUAGUGGUAUACAUACCAUAAGGCCUUCAAAAAUCAUAAGCUUAUAUGAUUCAGCUCAGAAUGUCCUAACUAUUGCUACUUUAUGAUUUUGAAAUAUAUGAAUGAUACUGAAAAAAAUGUUAUCAGCAUCCUCCUCCUCUUUUUAAUCAGUAUGAAAGGUUCCUUGAAUUUCAACAGAAAAAAAAAAAAAAGUGAAUGAAAAAAAGGACAAUACUGCCACAAAGGAUCUCUGUAUCUCAUUUUCAGCCUCUACUACUCUGUCUUUUAUUUCUCUCUCUUACAACCAUCCAUGUAUAUUAUAUUGAAGAGCUGUGGUGACAUCACACAGCCCUGCUCAGCUCCUUUUCUCGUGCAUCUUGGUAAAAAGACAAUCCCUUCAAACUAAGCCCUUGCCACACACUCUGCUAUAUGCUAUUUAUCACAAAAAAAAAGUGAAGGAUAUAAAGGUAAACAUUUUCCAUCAUUAUAUUUUUCACUAGCUUGCAGUUCCAAAAUGGAUUGCCAAAAUUAUAAGUACAGUAUAUAUAAUAUACAUAAACAAGUGAAAAUUAUUAAAAUCCAUUUGCCAUAGAAAAGUGCAGUAAAGAUUGAUUAGGCUCAUCACAGAUGUAUUUCACUUUACAAAUAUCUUAAUCAAUGUGGUUUGCAUAGUUGCAGAAGAUUUAAUCUAACUCUUGACAACAAACACUGAGCUUCAGGCCAUCACUCUAGAAUGUCUGGGCUGGAAACAGUAACCAAGGGGCAUACAUUUAUUAGUUCACAGACACUUAGUUAUUACCUAAUUCUCUCUCUCUCUCUCUCUCUCUCUCUCUCUCUCUCUCUCUCUCUCUCUCUCUCUCUCUCUCUCUCUCUCUCUCUCUCUCUCUCUCUCU